AUGGGAUGGCCCAUUACUGUACAUGUUCCCCUUACCUAUCUACGUGCAGCUUUAACGUCUAUGGAUUAUUUAGUUCGUAUUAUGUCGACGUCACAACUCUCCUCUUCAUUAUGUCAAUUACAUGUCACGAUUGAUGAUGGUAACUACGACAAUUAUUGUGCUGCAACAACAUCGGAUCAACUGAUUCCAAUGGUUAAUUUACAUACAUUUACUUUUUUUAAAGCAUUUUUCUCGAGAUUAAUAAUUAGAUGGACAUUGAUCGAAAUUCUGACAUCAUUCAAUGUCAUGCCUGUCCUUCAACGUGCUAAUAUGUCUCUUUUUAUUAAUAUUGAUGAAUUAAAUCGUAUUAGUUCAUCACCACUAUUCACUGAUCAUCGUCAUGUUAAUGUUCAUUUUGCCUUUAGUCUCAUUAAUUGUUCUCAAUAUCUCGAAGUGACUCAAUAUAUACCACGUGGUAAUCGUUUUCAUCCACGAGAAAUAGUCGGUGCAACAUUUGUUGUUAAUCACUGGUCUCAAAAAUCGGAAUGGCUCAUUGAUGGCGAUCCUUUUUGUCGUGGUGAUCAAUAUUAUCAUCAUAUGUGGUAUACUCUUCCAUGGGCAUUUGAUGAAUUCUUUCACGAAUAUAUUCCACAUUGUAGGAUUACUAAAAUACAAGUGUUUGAAAUACCUUCUAGAAAUAUUAUACCAAUUGGUCAAUCAUUUCUUCGUUCACUCAAUACAUCAGGACCAACUUUACCAUCAUCUAUAUUCUAUUUACCUCAUGUGGCAUUAUCUAAUGGUCAAUUAGCUGUGAUAAGUGUUUAA